UCGUUAAUGAUAAACAUUACUUGUACAAGUACAACAAGCGUGUGAAUGCUGUUGAAUAACAACAAUAGUACUGAUAUACAUUUUGUAGUGAACCAUGGGAAGAUUCUCAAUCAUUUUGCUUGUUAUUGUUCUAAUUUGUUCAGUUGCAAGAAAUGCUGUUUAUUUCUGUGAAUCUCAAGUCGUUAAUUGUUCUGAAUCAGAUUUUACAGCUCUUGUUGAAUUCAAGAACGGCCUGAAUGAUCCCGAGGACCGGCUCUAUUCAUGGAAAAGCAGCAAUUGUUGUGAAUGGCGUGGUAUUGGUUGUGAUAGUAGCUCUGGAGCUGUGACAUCUAUCGACCUUCACAGCCCGUAUCCAGGAGGGUCUGAUUCAAGUAAACGGUAUGUGUCAUGGAACUUAAGUGGUGAAAUUAGUCCAGCACUGUUGAAACUUAAAUCGUUGACAUAUUUAGACUUGAGUUUUAACGCGUUUCAGGACAUCCAGAUACCUAAAUUCUUAGGUUCUCUUAGAAAUUUGCAAUAUCUGAACCUUUCAAAAUCAGGGUUUAGUGGUAUCAUUCCUCCUGAACUUGGAAAUCUUUCCAGUUUGCAGUAUCUAGAUGUUUCCUCAGAUUUCUCAAGCUUGUCUGUUGAUGAUUUUCAGUGGAUACAAGGCCUUCGUUCUUUGAAACAUCUUCAACUGAGCCAAGUUGAUCUUUCUCUUGUCGGAUCAAGUUGGUUUGAUAUCUUGCAGGAACUUCCAUUUUUAACUGAUUUGUAUCUUUCAGGUUGUGGUCUAUCUGGUUCACUUUCGUCUUACAAGCUUGUUAAUUUCACUUCACUUGCUGCCAUAGACCUUAGUUUUAAUCCCUUCAAAUCAACAUUUCCUCACUGGCUUGCAAAUAUUAGUAGCCUUGAAUAUGCUGAUUUAAGUUACUGCAGCUUAAAUGGUAGAAUUCCCCUUGGUUUAAGUGAGCUUCCGAGUUUAAGUUACUUGAACCUUGCUGGAAAUAAUAACCUUAGUGCUAGUAGCCACAAAUUUUUCGGAGGUAGUUGGACAAAUAUAGAGGUGUUGGAUUUCUCUUCAAACAACCUGCAUGGGAAACUUCCUGAUACCAUGAGAAACAUGACAUUUCUAACUGAUUUUAGCCUUAUGUCAAAUAACCUAAAUGGUGAAAUUCCAAGUUCUAUUGGCAAAUUGUGCAAUUUAGUACAUCUGGACUUGUCAGGUAACAAUUUGACAGGAUCAUUACCUGAGACCCUUGUAGGUUUGCAAUCCUGUUCUUCCAGGACUCCAUUGCCAAGUCUAGUGAGCUUACGGUUAAGCAAUAAUAAGCUGGUAGGAAAAUUGCCCGAAUGGCUUGGCCAUGUUUCCAAUCUUAUGGAACUCAGUCUGAGGUAUAACUUGCUCGAAGGUCCUAUUCCAGAUUCUUUUGGUACUCUGAAGAAUCUAACUGAUCUUGGUCUUGGUGGGAACCAAUUAAAUGGGACUUUACCAGAGAGUCUAGGACAACUUUCUGAGUUGACAAGUUUUGAUGUUUCUGACAAUCAGUUAACAGGUAUUGUUACUGAAGUCCAUUUCAUGAAGCUCAGUAAGCUAAGGAUACUGCACCUGUCUUCCAAUUCUUUGAUUUUAAAUGUCAGCUAUGACUGGAUUCCACCAUUCCAGGUUGGUAAUCUUGAUCUGGGUUCAUGUAACGUAGGCCCAUCAUUCCCAGCUUGGCUACAUCAUCAAGGAUCGAUCAAAUUUAUUGAUUUAUCUAACGCAACCAUUUCCGGUCCUAUACCCCAAUGGUUCUGGGAAAUGACCUCAAAUUUGUCUCUAUUGAAUGUGUCGCACAAUCUUUUAACAGGUCAUAUACCUAAUCCUUUCGAUGUUACUCCUUUUGCUGAUAUUGAUCUCAGUAAUAAUCUCUUCGAAGGGCAAAUCCCACUUCCGAGUGUUGAAAUUGAGUUGCUUGAUCUUUCAAGAAACAAAUUUUCUGGUCCUAUACCUCCACAUAUAAGUGAAUCAAUGCCAAACUUGGUUUUUCUUUCACUUUCUGGUAAUAAUCUGACUGGAGAAAUACCAAAGUCGAUAGGAGAUAUGUUGAUUCUCGAAGUCAUUGAUCUUGCUGAGAACUACCUAACAGGAAGCAUUCCUUCCAGCAUAGGAAACUGUUCUUACCUCAAGGCACUAGACCUUGGGAACAACAAUCUCUUCGGACCAUUGCCAAGCUCUUUAGGUCAGUUAUUGCAGCUACAGUCAUUGCACCUCAACAACAACAACAUUUCCAGGGAGAUUCCAAUUUCUUUUAAGAACUUGACAAGUUUGCAAACACUUGAUUUUGGAGAUAACAGAUUAGCAGGCACUAUCCCUUCUUGGUUGGGUGAUGGUUUUAGUUUCACCAGUCUUGGAAUUAUUAGGCUAAGGUCAAAUGCAUUUUCUGGGGUAAUUCCAGCUAAGCUUUCGACGUUAAGUUCCCUACAAGUUCUUGACCUCGCAAAUAACAAUCUGACAGGUCCGAUUCCAACAAGCUUUGGCAACUUCACAGCCAUGGAAGAAGAAAGGAAAACCAACAAGUUCUUACAGUUUGCAUUUUACAGAGGAGCCUACUAUGAAGAAAGCUUGGUUGUGAAUACAAAAGGAUCAUUUCAGAAGUACACCAAGAUACUUUCUCUUGUCACCUCAAUAGACCUUUCCCAAAACAACUUAAGUGGAGAUUUUCCAGCAGAAAUAACUAACCUUCGUGGCCUAGUGGUUCUGAACAUUUCAGGAAACCAAAUCAGUGGUCACAUUCCAGAAAAUAUAUCAAAUAUGCACCAGUUAUCGUCUCUUGAUCUAUCAAGUAAUAAGCUUUCAAGUGUCAUUCCACCAAGCAUAUCAUCGUUAUCAUUUUUGGGAUAUAUGAAUCUUUCCAACAACAAUUUAUCUGGUCGGAUUCCUUACACGGGGCACUUGUCAACUUUCGAUAAUUCUUCUUUUGUGGGAAACUCUGGACUCUGUGGAGCUCCACUAGUAGCAAAGUGCCAAGAUGAUGAUUCAGUUACAGAUUCAAAUGAAGAUGACACGGAUGAGAACGAAGAAACUGAUGAUGCAAUUACUGGUAGGUGGUUCUAUCUAAGCAUUGGACUGGGAUUUUCCUUUGGCAUAUUAAUGCCAUUUUUGAUAUUGGCAAUGAGAAAAUCAUGGAGUGAAGUCUAUUUUGCCUUUGUUGACAAGGUUGUUGGCAAGUUAAUACCCCAGAACACUGAGAGAAGGCCAAUAAAAGGUUACUAGUGAUGACAACACUCUCUAAGUUACACUUGGGCAUUUGCAGAUAACUUGGGUGCUAUUGUAAUGCUUUUCAUAAUAAACUGUAGAAUGUUACACACUUAUAUGUAUAUAAUAACAAUGAAAAUGCUUCUACAAAAAUUAA